UCUGAUCUCAAAUACAUGUUGCCGCUUUCCUUUUUACAAUUCCUUUGUUUCCUGUCUUGCCAGACCAUCAAUUUUUCAAAUUUCUUUACACUCGUUAUAAAAGAAUAGUAUUACCAAAUGUUUUCCAGUUUCAUUUGACAGGCACAAAUCUUUUGGGUUUUUCCGAUUUCAUUAGAGAAGCACAACUCUUUGGGUGUUUGAAAAGGGCAAUACAAAAUGUCAGGCUUAACACUUGCAGUGGCGCCCCGGCUGGAGGACGGCAGCACAGAAGAUAAGAAGGAAAAACCAGAGCAAAAUAGUGUGAUUGGGGGCGUCAUGGGCUCACUGCGCGUCAUAGAGCUGCAGUUAGUAGCCUUUAUACUAGUAUUCUCGGCUAGCGGUUUAGUCUCCUUAUUUGACAUUGGCUUUCCUGUAUUUCUUUCCCUCUAUUUGCUGGCCUUAUCUCGCUGGGCUUUUCCAGGCUACAGAAAGCCUGGCAGGGGAUCGUCCAUAGAGGUUUUUCACGGCAGCCGCAUGUUUCAGCUCUAUGUUAUAAUAGGCACCACUGUAGGGCUUUUUCUGCCAUUAGCUUACAUUCUGGGUGGUUUUGCCAGAGGGGAUCAGGCAGCAGUGAAAUCUGCAACUCCACAUCUCUUUUUGCUAUCAUUUCAGAUUCUGAGUGAGAAUAUUAUUUCUGGAAUGUCCAUAUUUUCGCCCCCAGUGAGGGCUCUGGCGCCCCUAUUGUAUACUGGGAGGAGACUGUUUGCUAUCUUGGAUUGGAGCUAUGCCACUUUCAACAAAAGCAAAGUCCCAGAGAAUCCUCGGAUACAGGAUGUGGCAUGGCUUUGGUUUGGGCGAGGGCUGGCUAUUGCAAAUCUAUUGUAUUUUACCAUUAAUCUAUUUUGCUUUCUGAUUCCUAGAUUCUUGCCACGUGCUUUUGAGAGGUAUUUUCAAGAAAGGACUGAAUAUAAAGCAAAAGUGGCUGAAGAUAAACCACAACAUCAACCUCAAACUCAACCUCAACCUUCUACUGCUCAGAAGCAGAAAAAAUCAGAGUAAAAGCCUUUGACAGGCACAUAAGUCAGAAUAGACUGUAAGUUGCUGUAAAGUCCAAAAUUAUCUCUUGAACACAUAUUCAAAUUGAAAGACAUGGAUGAGAAUCAUGGGAUGAUACGCACAUAGAAUAUGUGGGCUAUUUGCAUUUUUAUUGACAUUGAAAUUAGUAGCAUGUUCUUCAAUUCUUAUGAAUAAAAGAAGGUUUUGUGUAAAUUUUUA